UUUCACUUCGGCUCAGUCAUAUUUCCUCUCGCAGCUCCACUGCUUAGCCUCUGUCGUGGAAGUUCAUCGGAAUGUCUGGCAUGUUUGGGAAGCUCACGCAGUCCGAGUGAAAAACACACCCUCUGGCUGCGUGUGUAAGCGAGGUGCCACAGAACGGAGCGGGGUUAUAACAGCGUAGAGGGGGGACAAAAUGCUGCUGGUUCUGCUGCAGAUGUUGGUGCCUUUAUGCGGAGCUCUGCCGCGAUGCGACCCGUGGAUAAGAGGGCAGUGCAAGGCAGCAGCAGCGGAAGAAAAGCCCAAAUGCACAGACAUCCUGCUGUCCUACUGCGACGACAUGCCCUACACCCGCACCAUGUUCCCGAACAUCGUCGGCCACAGCACCCGCAGGGACGCGGAAACCGCUGUGGAGUACCUCCUCAUCAGCGUGGUCGAGCAGCUGCUGGGCGGACAGUGCAACCCCGAGAUCCGGAUGCUGGGCUGCUCGGUCCUGGCCCCCCGCUGCGAGGGGAGCAAGGUGCUGAGGCCCUGCCGCAGCGCCUGCGAGGCAGCACACAAGAGAUGCAGUCAUGCUUUUGAGGGGAUCCAGAUGGCCUGGCCGUACUUCCUGGACUGCGAUCGCUUCUUUGUGAGCGACCAGGAGGGAUGUUACGACCCGCUGGAGGGUCUCAAAGCAGAGCAAGAAGAUGAGGCUGCUCAGAACCUGGAGGCUCCUCAACCCCAGCAGGCUGCUGCACCGAUCCAGUUCACCUACCACUCCAGCUCCCAGAUGAUCGACAUCCUGAAGAAGACCGAGGAUCAAUGCUCGGACAUCUCCAGGACGUACAGCAUCGGCCGCAGCACGGAGGGCCGGGAGCUGCUGGUGAUCGAGUUCUCAAGCAGUCCUGGAGAACAUCAGCUGCUCGAGCCUGAGAUGAAACUCGUUGGCAACAUGCAUGGGAACGAACCCCUGGGUGGCCAGCUGCUGAUCUACCUGGCUCAGUACCUGUGUGCAGAGUAUCUGCAGGGAAACGAGCGCAUCCAGACGCUCAUCAACAACACCCGCAUCCACAUCCUGCCCUCCAUGAACCCUGACGGAUACGAGGUGGCCGUGUCUGGGGACGCUGACAGUAACUACAGCGAUGACGAGGGUAACAGAUAUGGCUACCGGAACGUCGGCCGAAACAACGCCCAGAACAUCGACCUGAACAGGAACUUUCCUGACCUGACGACUGUCGUUUACAGAAGACGCAGACAGAAGGGCUUCCGCACCGACCACAUCCCCAUCCCAGACAAUUACUGGUUUGGUAAGGUUGCACCGGAGACGUAUGCGGUCAUGAAGUGGAUCCGCUCCAUCCCGUUUGUGCUCUCCGCCAGCUUCCACAGCGGCGACCGGAUGGUCUCCUACCCCUACGAUCUGUCCAAACACCCGCGUGGGCAGAACAUGUUCUCCCCCACACCUGACGAUAAGGUUUUCAAACUUCUUGCGAGAACUUAUGCAGAUUCAAACACAGCAACAUCCGGAGAAUGUGGAUCUCCCCACGAUGGCAGCCAGAAAGGAGUCAUGAACGGAGCGCAGUGGGGCAGCAUUUCAGGCGGUAUGCAAGACUUCAACUACCUUCACUCCAACUGUUUCGAGGUGACCGUGUCUCUUGGAUGUGAUAAAUUCCCUCCUGAAGAAGAACUGUUCCUCAGCUGGCAGAACAACCAAGAAGCUUUGAUUGCCUUCAUUGAGGCAACUCACAGAGGGAUCAAAGGGUUUGUAAAUGAUGAAGAGGGAAAAGGAAUAAAAGGUGCGCGAGUAUCAGUCAGAGGAAUACGGCACGACAUCACCACAGCUGAAAAUGGAGACUACUGGCGGCUUCUCACCCCGGGCAUCCACAUCGUCACCGCCUCGGCGCCCGGCUACGCCCGCGCUACAAAGAAAGUCCAUUUGCCGACUCGCAUGCAGUCUGCAGGCCGGGUGGACUUUGUGCUGCAGAAAGCUCCUCUAGACCCCGACAUUGAGGAGGAGGAAAGCGUCUUGUCCUCGAGCAGCUACGACCGAUUCGACCCGUACAACCAGUACAACCAGUACACCACGAUGGCCGAUGUGAACCGGCAACAUGAGGAGAGAGCGGAGAAACCCUGGUGGUGGAGCUACUUUGCCUCACUUGGGGGGCCUGUCCCCACCUGGCUGCUGAAACGCCAUUAGAGCUUUAAAAAGAGAAAAAAACAAAGCAGUGAACUUGCCUUUAAAAAAAAAAAAAAAAAAAAAAUGGUGUAAUGCAUGCAAAUGUACAAGAUUAGGCCAUGGAUUUUUUUUAGCUGAAUGUUUUUCUAAGCACCUUUACAAGCUUUUGUCGUAUAAAUAAAAUGGCUUUUGGUAAUUUGCAUAAUUUAAAACUUGAUUUAAUCACAAAUAUUUGCGGUUUUGUUUUGGUUCACUACACGACAGACUUUUAAGUCCACCAUAGUUUGUGGUUGUAACGUGGCUUUUAGCAUAAAAAAAGUGAAAGCAGCUGCCACCAGAGGGCACCAGAGUCUUCUUUAGGCCAAACUUGCUCCAAACUCUUGCUUUGGUCAACACAAAACAAAUGUACUAAUUUGCAACUUCUCUCCCGUUUUGUUAGGAGAUCGCGAAUUUGCUGUAAGGUAAUGAAAUAAUUCUAAUAUACUAUUACUAAUACUUCUAGUAUAACAAGUACCAUCAACUAAUGAUUACAAUAAAAUCUUAUAUGCAGCA